UAAGGAAUUUGCAUUGAGUUUGAUUUCAUCUGCAAAUGUGCAGUACAUUGGUAUCUGAGUACUAAUGACCAGUUCUCAUCUGUAAACUUGGUAUUGGUAGUCUAGAGCAGAGGUUCCCACCUUGGUACUAAAAGCCCAACCCUUCUGGAUUUUUUUCCAAUUGAAAUUGAACCCUUCAUUGACCCGGUAAUAACAGGAUUAAUUUGGGUGUUGUGUUUUAACUAUUUUGUUGCAUUUCAUAAAUAUAUUAAACUCUUAAAAGGUUUGAGCUGAAACAAACACUUGCCAAAUAUUACACCCAAGUUAAUUAAUAGUUCAAUUAAAUCUCCAAUUAGGUCAUUAGGCUCGUCUGGAAGGAAACCUAAAGAGAAACACUGAGAUUUGUGAAAGCAGACACGAUUUCCAAGUCACACGGAAUUCUGGAUGAUCUCUGCUGAGGCCACUGUCAUCGCUUUGCCAAGUAUCAUUUUAAAAACCUAAACGCUAUACCCGACUUAACAGUUUAUGGCGGGUUUAAUAUAUCAUAUAUAUAAUUAAAAACUGCCUCUGUUUAAAUUCUACAGACCAGUAGUAGUUAAACAGUAAUUCUACAUACUUUUUAAUCGUAACGCUGUAAUAGUCAUUUAGUGUGAGCAUCUAAUUUUUGUCGAGAAUUAAGGUAUCCUAACAGCCUAUGUUAAACGUUGGUUAAAAUUUGAAACUUCGAAGAUCUUGCUAAAGGAUAUCUAAACUCUAUCCGAAAUAAAGUGUCGCAUUACAAUGCGAAGCGGCCAUACACAUAUAUCUGUUAUGUAUUUAUAAUAUAGUGGGGUACGUACUGUAUAUGUGAAGUGUAAGUAAUGGGCACAAUUAAAAGUUGGAUGAUUUGGUAUUCGAUUGAGCGUGCCUGGAGUCGUGCUGCCGCGCAUGCGCGGGUGGUCUUGCGUGUCCAAAGAAGGCUUCAAAUCCGAGUGAAAUGUAUCGAUCAUACACGAAGCACAGUUUGCGGGAUUUGUCAUAAUGUUUCACUUUGUUCUCAACGCGUAUCGACCUGUAACGUGAACUUGAGGGUGUUGAAAUAUGUGGCAGCAGGCGUGUUAGUGGGGGGAUAAUAACGCUUGUAAUGCCGUUUGAAAACGUACAGUCGGCGUUGAAACGCUUAGUUUAUUGCUAAACACGUCGACUCUUCAUCUGUGGAGUUUAAAGUGCAAAGUGUACAGAGUACGAGAAAGUUUGAAUGUUCCGAUUGUGAAGUCAAAUAAACGGCUUCCUCAUGUCAAUAUUCGGUGGGACAAAUUAGCCGCUGGACAAGUCAGGUGCUGGUUCCACACAUCUCUGAUGUCUGGAUGAAGCAGAGUGUUGAUUGUUCCGACACAGGCUGCUGCCCAAGGCGCGAAUCCCUCGCCUGUUUUUCGAAAGGAGGGGCUUUCAGCUGGUGCAGCGCCAGCCCCUCGCUCAGGCACGGUGGGAGAGUGUGAAGGUAGACCCCCUCUCCCUCCUCCAUGGCAGAUUUGGAUGAGCCCUUCUUGAGAGCCGAGGGGGAGGGCACCAGCCGGUCCCGGGAAUGGCAAGUGAGUGGGGAGACGGUGUUGACCCAGGAGGAAGUGUCUCUGCUCCCAGGCGAACGUGCGAGCCCCCUGCUAGACGAUCUGGACUCCUUCAGCUUGAUCGAGCCCCCCCCGCUGGACUGGCGCUCGGACUCCUCCAGCGAGGGCUGCGCCGUGGCGGACGAGGGCGGCUCACCCCCGCCCGAUGUGGACGCCGCUCAGGAGGCCCUGGGUGAGCUGGGGCUGCCUCCCAGCCCUCGCUGCUGUGCUUCAGAGCUGAGCUGCACAGCAGACUGCCAAGCCGGGCCCAUUGGGAGUGAGCAGCUGGUGGAGGAGGAGGAGGAGGACGAGGAAGAGGAAGGUGGAAGUGGGGAGUGCCGGCAGGAAGAUGAAGACCACACUCGGAUCCAGGUGCUCCUUGCCCGGCUUCAGACAUUAGACACGGAGGCGUCUUUCCCAGAGUCGACUGGAACUUGCGCUGACCUCCCACGCCCUCUCGUCAGCUCUCCAGAGCCCAGGGAAACAGUGGGCCAUGCCAUCCCGCCCGGCCCACUGAAUCCGGGCAUGGGGGCGACCUGGAACGAGAGGGGCGCGGGCCUGCUGUUCUCCGAGGUGAACCAGAGAGACCUGCUGAGCCUCCUCGAUUGCGAGGGGGGGGCGGGGCCGGCGGCGAGGACAGACGAUGGGGAGUGCACGGACAGGGACUCCGAGGUCUCGGUCACAUACAGCGAGGAGAAAGGAGAGUGCCUCUGGGACCACUUAGGCCACAGGCCAGAAGCGAGCAGGGAAGACGCCCUCUCCCCUCUGGACGAGGUCCCAGAGCCCGUGUGGUUGAAGACGCCUGGCAGGGCCCCUCCGGAGGAAGAGCUGACGCCAUCUGACAGCAGUGAUAAUAGCCAGAGCUACCCAGCCUAUAAAGAUGUGCCUGGCCCUUGUGACCCGGAGGACCUCCUGGAUGGGGUGAUUUUUGGGGCGAAGUAUCUGGGCUCCACCCAGAUGAUGUCAGAUAAGAACCCCUCUACCAGUGCGCGCAUGACACAGGCGCAGGAGGCUGUGGACAGAAUCAAGGCUCCAGAGGGAGAGUCCCAGCCCAUGACGGAGGUUGAUCUCUUUAUCUCCACCCAGAGGAUCAAAGUGCUGAGCGCAGGCAACCAGGAAGCCAUGAUGGAUCACUCUCUGCAGCUGAUCUCCUACAUUGCUGAUAUUGGCAACAUCGUGGUCCUGAUGGCCCGCAGGAAGUCGGCUCCCCGCCGCGAGACCGGAGAGGGGGCGGGGAAUAGUUCAGGCCACAAAAAGAAGUGCUGCAUGAUCUGCCAUGUCUUCUGCUCCGAGGAUGCUCACCUGAUUGCUCAAGCGAUUGGACAGGCGUUUGGUGUGGCCUACCAGCAGUUCCUGCAAGCCAAUGGCAUCAAGCCCAGUGAGCUGCGGCCCAGCGAGUACAGCGACUACCUGGGCACCCAGGAGCUCUACAACGGGGACCUGGUGCACUUCUCCCGCUCCGAGAACAUCCGGGAGGUGGUGAUCACAAAGGAGCGCGGGGAGAUCUUGGGACUGGCGGUGGUCGAGUCGGGCUGGGGUUCCAUCCUGCCCACGGCGGUGGUGGCCAACCUCCUGCACGGGGGGCCGGCGGAGCGCAGUGGGGAGCUCAGCAUCGGGGACAGGAUCAUGUCUGUCAACGGCACCAGCCUGGUGGGCCUGCCCAUUGCCACCUGUCACAGUAUCAUUCGGGAUCUGAAGAACCAGGUGGAGGUGAAGCUCAGCAUCGUCCACUGUCCCCCUGUCACCAUGGCGAUCAUCAAACGCCCAGAUCCCAAGUAUCAGCUGGGUUUCAGUGUGGAGGAUGGGAUUAUUUGCAGUCUCAUGCGGGGGGGCAUCGCGGAGCGGGGGGGCAUUCGGGUGGGCCACCGCAUCAUCGAGAUCAACGGGCAGAGCGUGGUGGCCACUCCGCACGAGAAGAUCAUCCACAUCCUGGCGCACGCAGUCGGGGAGAUUCACCUGAAGACCAUGCCCGCCUCAACAUACCGCCUGCUUACAGGACAGGAGCAGCCCGUCUUCCUCUGAGGAGGAGGAGGAGAGACGGACAAGCACUGCCAAACUGGCUGAGAAGAGUGGUCAGGGUGGGAUUUUACAUAUGGGCUCCCCGCCUCCUGGAACUCCUCAUGUGCUUCUGUGGCAGAAGAGCUAUUUCAGCUACAGUUGCCUUUAGGGUCAUUGCUGUGUGUCAAUCAGGACGGUCCCCCUUCAAUCUUGAUUUUUGGAUGCGAAGAGCUCUGCUCUGUGCUUUUCAAGGGUGAUCGCCUUUCCAGAUUUUAUCUGGGCUUCUCUGAAGCCGUCGAGCAAGCGGGCGUAAAAUCAGCUUUUCAGCAUCCAAGCCCAAGUACCCAGGUACGGGACAAAACAAGUGUUUAUAGUGCAGUGCAUUGUCCACUGCCUGCGAAAACCUUGCCACUGUGUGCCCUAGGAAGUAAAAGUUCUCCCUCGCAGAGACAGUACACCAUGAGUACCCGCGAUGAGAUUCUCCACCAAGCUUUCAUGCCAGCGUGCCUCAGUAAGUCAGCUAGUAUUGUCUCGUAUUCCCUUUCUCUUCUGUAGGCUUCAUCCACAUUUUUACCAAGCCACAAGGAAUAUAUAACGAAUUACCUCUGCCGUGUGGAUUAAAGCUAGCAUUAACUGGGUGUUUUACUGGUUGUGCUCAUCUCUAGGUCUGUGCACCCCAGCAUCUAUGCAGUUGCAUGCAGAAUUUUAAAAGUCCAUGCUCUAUAUUGUUAGAAUUCAGGAAGUGCCUUGACCUUCACAUUGAGUAGAAUUGAACUGGAUAGGUCUGUCUUAACAAUAUAAGUGUAUUUUUGAUAAAACUGUCAUGGAUGUUUAUUAAAUAAACUCAUUUAAAAAGUU